AUGGCUGCCUCUCUUCCCGCCCCCUUCCUCACUCGAGUUCACUAUUAUGACUCGCCUACCCGCUACACUUGCGCCUACGAAACCGGUGUUGACGGCGCUCCCAAUGCGCUCGUCGUCAUCGGAGGUCUAAGUGAUGGGCCUCACACCAUCCCCGCCCUCAUCAAGAUAGCUCCCCGUCUCGACCCUGCCAACGGAGGUCCCAACUAUUCCAUCUUUGAAAUUCGCAUGCGAAGCUCAUACGUCGGUUACGGCACGUCUAGCCUUGAGGAAGAUGUAGUCCACAUCGCAGCCCUUGUAAAAUAUCUGAGGAGCAUUGGAAAGAAGAAGAUUGUUCUCUGCGGCCACUCAACUGGUACCCAGGAUAUUAUGGAAUACGUCAACUCUGACAAGCAGAGUAUCGAGCCCGUUGACGGAUUCGUUCUCCAGGGGCCCGUCUCAGACCGUCAAUCCCUUGAGCUCCUGCGUUCUACGUUCCCAGACUAUGAUUUCGACGAUACUCUCGCCUGCGCUAAGCAGUUCAUUGCUGAGGGUAGGAAGGAUGACUGCCUUCCGCGCUCGAAAGUCCCACCCAUCUUUGGCAAUGAUCCCAUCUCUGCUUAUCGCUAUCACUCACUAGCUGCAAAGGGCGGCGACGAUGAUUAUUUCUCCACUGACCUAGACGACGAUUUCGUGAAGAGGGUUUGGUCCAGCUUCACUAAGCCCUUCCUUGUUCUUCACAGUGCUGAGGAUGAAUUCGUCCCCGAAUCUGUAGACAAAGCAGCUCUUAUUGAGAAGUGGCGGAAUGUAAACACACUUAUGAGUCCCCUGUCCGGAGUCCUCCCUGGAGCCAACCACACUCUGGACUCUGAUGAGGCGCAGAAAGGAUUUGGAGAUAAACUGGUUGAGUUUCUUUCUACUAUUUAG